AUGACCCAGAUGCUGGGCCAUGCAAAUCGCAUGGUCCAGAAGCGAAACGAUAGGCUACAGCUAGGGAGGUCUGGCUGUGAGGAGAAAGGCCUGCAGUCCUCGGCAUUGCCGGGCGGCCAAGCCGGUCGAGCUCGUCCGAAAGUGCCUGGGUACGGGAAAGGAAAGGGCAAAGGCCAAAGCAAAGCAGAUCGGAAGACAGGUGGGAAGCAUGCGGCCGGGGACAAAGAAGGCUUGUUGGAAUUGGUGAUGCUCGUGCCCUGCACGCUGUCGGUUCCAGAGGCAGUUCAUGCCCAUGUGCAACCGGGGAGGUGGCAAGCCGCGCGGCUGCCGCCUGUGAGCAGCACUUUGUGGGCUGGCUGCACUGUCCUGCUGAUUGCCCCUGGCGGUUAUGUCAGCCGGAAGACUCGCCACCGGGCAGCUAGAUUGGAUUGGCACGAACUGGCCAGUCGCACGGAUGAAGUCUUGGAGGCCGUCUCCGACCAUGCGCCAUCCUCGCAGGAAGUCGAAGCCGUUCGCUCCGAACUUGCGAAAGUGGCAGAACUCCAGGUUGCCGCAGCACAGUUGCGAAAGGAAGUGGAUGCAAGCCAUGCAAAAGUGAGCUGGUAUGAGGAACUCUUUCAGGCUACCCGCCUGGCAAAGCUAACAGGUGCCAAGGUGCCUGAUGUAGACUGGACAUUGAUAGCUGAUCGCAUCAACAAGCGCUUCAAGUACAAGCCUGGCAAGGAUGCGUUCUGUCCUGCCCACUACCUUACAUAUGAGGACUGGUUCUUAAGGGAACUGUCGCCAGCAACACUUGAGCGCUGUUUGUCCCAAGCAGCCUUGGCGGAAGUUUGCUCGCCCGUGCAGGGUAAGGCAUGGGAACAGGUGCCCAGCGGUGAAAUGUCAUUGAAGAUCUCGGUCAUCGCUGUUUCAGAGCUACUGCAAGUGUUGGACGGGAAGCAUCUGGUGCAGCUGCGGUUGCGCUGGCCAGCCGGGUCCCUAUGUGCUUGGCCCAGGGAGGGGCCGCAUUAUCGUUGGUGUAUCAGUUCUGCAUUUAAGGAUUACCACCGGGUUCAUAGCCCGGUGGAUGGCAAGAUCGUAGCCAUAGACUGCUACCAGAAGGACGAGCUCUUCCCUGGCGCUGAAUCCUUGACGAUUUUUUCCUUCAGCACGUCCUUCGGGUUGGUGCGCUUGCUGUGUAUCGGCGAAUGGUCGGUCCAAAGCUUCGUGGCGCUCGGCAAGGUCGGGGACCAGGUGGCAAAGAUGGACGAACUUGGCCAUUUCGACCUUGGCUCCCAGGUCAUUCUGUCACUACCAGACGGCUUGGACGUCUGUUUGGAGGGAUCCCCAAAGCUUUUUCCUGGUGAUCCGAUCGCAGCAAGCGCAGUCACAGCGAGAAAGCGUGACGGUGUUGGGCCGAAGUAG